AGAGGGGGAGCCAGAUCCGGGCGUGCCUGGGCAAUCUGUGCUGAGUCUGUCUCCUUUCCAUCCCUGCAGCACUUUCAGAGCCUUAAGUUUUGCAGUGAGAGAGAAGUGGGGCGGAAAUCUCUGCAAAAAUGGCUGGGGCAAUUAUAGAAAACAUGAGCACUAAAAAGCUGUGCAUUGUUGGAGGGAUCUUACUGAUUUUCCAAGUCAUCGCUUUUCUAGUGGGAGGUCUGAUUGCUCCAAGUCCCACUACGGCUAUGCACUACAUGUCAAUAAAAUGUGUAGAUGUACGGAAAAACCACCACAAAACCAAGUGGCUAAUGCCUUGGGGACCCAACCAGUGUGAGAGGAUCCGAGAUCUUGACGAGGCAAUGAGCAGACAAAUAGAAGCCAAUGACAUUGUGUUUGCUGUUCACAUCCCCCUCCCCACCAAGGAGAUGAGUCCCUGGUUCCAGUUCAUACUUGUUAUCCUGCAGCUGGACAUUGCGUUCAAGAAAAAUAAUGAGAUAAAAGACAAUGCAGAAGUUACGCUUGAUGUGUCCUUGGCCUAUCGUGAUGACAUGUUCAGUGAAUGGAAAGAAAUGGCACAUGCGAUAGAGACCCGAAAGCUAAAAUGUUCUUUUGCCUCUCCAAAAACCAUAGAGCAUGAAGGCCGACACUAUGACUGUGAUGCACUCCAUUUCAUGGAAAUUGGAACUGUGGCUCACAAAUUCUACCUCCUCAACAUUCGACUCCCUGUGAAUGAAAGGAAACUAAUUAAUGUGGGAAUUGGGGAAAUAAAGGAUGUUCGCCUGGUGAGUAUCCAUCAAAAUGGAGGUUUUACAAAGGUGUGGUUUGCAAUGAAAACCUUCCUCACGCCCAGCAUCUUCAUCAUCAUGGUUUGGUAUUGGAGACGGAUCACGAUGAUGACACGCGCUCCUGUCCUGCUGGAAAAGGUGAUCUUUGCUCUUGGGAUCUCCAUGACGUUCAUAAAUAUCCCAGUAGAGUGGUUUUCCAUUGGAUUUGACUGGACUUGGAUGUUGCUCUUUGGAGAUAUUCGACAAGGAAUCUUCUAUGCCAUGCUUCUGUCAUUUUGGAUAAUCUUUUGUGGCGAGCAUAUGAUGGAUCAAAAUGAACGAAAUCAUCUUUCUGGAUAUUGGAAACAGGUUGGGCCCAUAGCUGUUGGUGCCUUCUGCCUUUUCAUCUUUGACAUGUGCGAGAGAGGGGUACAACUGAAAAAUCCAUUCUACAGUAUCUGGACCACAGAUGUUGGCACGGAGCUGGCUAUGGCAUUUAUUAUAGUUGCAGGAAUCUGCCUUUGCCUCUACUUCCUGUUUUUGUGUUUCAUGGUGUUUCAAGUGUUCAGAAACAUUAGUGGGAAACAAUCCAGCCUCCCAGCAAUGAGCAAGGCUCGCAGGCUUCAUUAUGAGGGGCUGAUUUUUAGGUUCAAGUUCUUGAUGCUCAUCACUCUGGCCUGUGCAGCAAUGACGAUCAUCUUCUUCAUUGUCAGUCAGGUGACUGAAGGCCAUUGGAAAUGGGGGGACUUCACAGUACAGGGGAACAGUGCCUUCUUCACAGGCAUCUAUGGGAUGUGGAACCUCUACGUCUUCGCUCUUAUGUUCCUAUAUGCUCCAUCGCACAAGAAUUAUGGUGAAGAUCAAUCAAAUGGUGAUCUGGGAGUAAGUAGUGGGGAGGAGCUUCAGCUCACCACCACCAUCACCCAUGUGGACGGGCCAACCGAGGUUUACAAGCUGGCUCGCAAGGAGGCUCAAGAGUAACUCCUGGAACGCCUCACUUGGGACAAACACAAUGAAGUACAAUACACAGAUUGAGACAACGUCCUCCUUGAGGAGACAUCAGAAGUAACUCACUCUACAAAUGCCCAGUAUUUAUAGUGUUCACUGAGCGGUGGCACUAAAAUAGAACCUUUGUAAUCUCUCUCUAAUAUGGUGUAGUUAUCUCUGGGGGAGGGCAGGAUAUGUAUUUUAUAUUUUACAGACAUGCUAAACGAACACUAAGGGUGCAAAGUGAAACGUUCAAGAGUUAAAAGCCAGGAUUAAUGUUGCCUGCAGAACCUUAAUUUGGCUCCUUGUGUGUAUGCAGGAUGAUAGUCUUUAAUUACUGGGGGUUUUACACAGGACCUCUGCCUCAUUCAAUGCACAAAAUGGACAGUGGAGGUAUCACUUAAGAGGAGGUAUUUAGUAUUUUGUCAUCUUUUUGUGUGUAAUUUCCUCAAACACACAGAAAAUGCAAAA